AAAGCUUGCAAUCUUCUCUGCAUCACGUUUAGAUACAUCUUUGAGUAGGAUAUGAUCCAAGCAAGAAGAGCCCCUCUUCGUCCUCGCACCAGCUUCCAGCCUACAGCUCCCGGCCGCCUUCUAACCGACGGCACCUACAAUGCCUGCUGCUGCAACGUCUCCUCGUCCUCGCCCUCGUCUCUUCUGGCCUGCUCGUACACCCAUAUAAUAGCGUCUGGUAGAUGUUACCGAGAUGGGAUGGAAUUUCAGGCCAAAAUUUUCUACUACUUUUCCCCCCUCCUCAUAUCGCUUGCUUCUUCUCUACCUCUCCGCCUCUGCUCCUCCUCCAUAUAAGUAACAAGAAGCUCUCACCGUGGCCGACUGGCCGUGCUCCUCCGCCCGCGCGCCGCCCGUGCAGUCAGUUACCGGGUCAGUGCCGUCAUCAGUAGCAGUAGGUGGUUAGUCAAUCCUCCGCUCGCCAGCCGUUUGAUCGACCUCCCCUGCUCCUAACCGGCCACCCGUCGAUCGCGGCGCGGCCAAGCGAUCCCCGCCAUAAAGGCGAGCGCGACGGAGGGAGAGCAAGUGCACUGUUGCAUUGCUGGCUGCCGCCUCUGUCGUCGCCGUCCGUCCGUCUUGCUUGCUGAGGAAGGAGGAGAGUGGCUGCGGCAUGAGGCGAGCGGGGAUGGCGCGCGGCGCCCGUGGCCAUGGCGCGGCGGGGCGGGCGGGGAGGGUGAUGCGCGCCGCGGUGUCGGAGUUCUUCGGCGGGUACCACUGCUUCACCUCCGUGGCGGCGCUGCUGGCGCUGCCGUUCUCGGCGGCCGUGCUGGCGUCCGAGGCGGUGGCGCCAUCGUCGGCGACGCUGCGCGGCGCGGCGGCGCGGCUCCGGUCCGUGUUCGCCGCCGCGGGGUUCCCGCCGUCGCCCUUCUUCGCGCUGCUCGAGGCCAAGCUCGCGCAGACCGUCUUCACGUUCGCCGCCACGCUGCCGUUCGCGCUCACGUUCCUGCUGCUCGCCAAGGCCUGCGUCGCCGCCAUGCUCCGGGACGACGACGCCGCGCCGCCGCCCCGGCGGCAGCGGCGGCUGCGGCUCGCCGCGCUCCCGCCCUGCGGCGCCGUCGCCCGCGCGUACCCGGCCGUCGUCGCCACGCACCUCCUCAACGCCUUCCUCAUGCUCACCGCCAACGCCGCGGUGUUCUCGCUGCUGCUGCUCGCCUUCGGCGCCGCCGACCUGCUCGGCCUCACCUCCCACCUCUGGACGCUCGCGCUCUCCGCCGCGGGCGCCAUCGUCUACUCGCUCGCCAUCGGCGUCGCCACCGUGGUCUGCAACCUCGCCGUCAUCGUGGCCGCCACGGAGCCCGGGUGCGCGGGCCACGCCGCGGUGCUCCGGGCGUGCGUGGCGAUCAGGGGCAGGGUGUCCACCGCGCUGGCGCUGGCGCUGCCCACCAACCUCGGCAUGGCGGCGGCCGAGGCGCUGUUCGGGCUCCGCGUCGUCGCGCAGCGCCGGAGGGCCGGGAGGCUCGCGCCGGGGGUCGCCGGCGAGGCCUUCUCGAUCGCCUACAUCCACGCGAUCUGCGUCGUGCUCGAGAUCAUCGUCAGCUGCAUGUUCUACCGGACCUGCAAGAGGAGUGAAGCGGACGAGCUCAGAGAGCUCGAGCCAGAGGAGAAGGGUGACCUCCAGGCUUGAUCUCUCAGGUCUCAGCUCAGCUUCAGCUUCAGCUGCAGUCAGGUGUAAAAGAAACGGCAAAUCUCACAAAUAGCCUCACAGGAUCGGAUCAAAUGGUACAGACCUGAUCCAGAGAAAUACAGUGAAUUAAGAUAGAUUUCUACAUAUGUUUUUGUUUUUGUUGGCAAGUAGAUGACAGGUUGAGGUCAAAUAAAUCAUUGUUAUCUUGUACAGAAGGAAACAAUACCUUCUACUGAAAGCACGGUAUUUUGCAUUAUUCAGUGUUUACGAGGAA